AUGGCGGGCGGCGGGGCCGGACUGCUGCCCUUCCUGCGGCUGCUGGGGCAGCUCAAGAGAGUACGGCGGACAGGAUGGGUGUACAGGAACGUGGCAAACCCAGAGAGCGUCUCCGACCAUAUGUACAGGAUGGCGAUGAUGGCUUUGGUGACUGAGGACAAAGGCCUUAACAAGGACAGAUGCAUACGAUUAGCUUUGGUUCAUGAUAUGGCUGAAUGCAUCGUUGGAGAUAUUGCUCCUGCAGAUAAUAUCCCAAAAGAGGAGAAACACAGAAGGGAAGAGACAGCUAUGCAACAACUGACCCAGCUGCUAUCAGAGGACCUUGGAAAAGAAAUCUAUGAACUCUGGGACGAUUACGAAAACCAGUCUACUGCAGAGGCCAAGUUUGUAAAGCAGUUGGAUCAGUGUGAGAUGAUCCUGCAAGCAUUUGAGUACGAAGAGUUGGAAAACACACCUGGCAGACUGCAGGAUUUUUUUGAUUCCACUGCUGGGAAGUUUGUUCACCCAGAAAUACUCCAGCUUGUAUCUCUGAUUAACACAGAGAGGAAAAAAAGAAUAGCUGCCACAUCUCACCCGCCUUCCUGAGGUGUUCCUAAAUGCUGCAGCCAUAAUAAAUACUUUGAUUUAUAUUCUGGUCAUU